AGUAAAGGAACACAUGGAGUUCUACAGCUCGAUGAAAGGAAGCUCAUUACAUGGCUUAUCAGCAAAGGACGAGAUACGACAAUUGCUUAAAGAUGUUGAUUUAUACUAUUGUCGAAAUAUGUUGGUGAAGAAUCUGUCCGGUGGAAUGCAGAGACGUCUUUGUGUAGCUCUAGCUUUUGUUGGCGGCUCAAAGGCAGUUAUUCUUGAUGAACCAACAAGUGGCGUGGAUCCAAGUGGUCGUCGGGCUGUCUGGAAUCUAAUAAUUAGACGAAAAUCAGACAAAACAAAUGGAGGUAGUUAACUGUUAGACACUUUUAUACCUAGAUACUUUACUGUAGAACUGUUUGUAAACUCAGGAUUUAGUACUUGUUCUAUUUGUCUGUUUCUCUAAAAUGUUCAGUAAAGUAUGGUGGCUUAUUUGUGCCAUUCUUGUUUUCACCCCGAGACAAGGGAAAAGUCAAGAAUCAACAAGUUAAAAUGGCGGGGGCACGGAGCGAAAACACAAAUGGCACAAAAAAGCCUCCAUAGUAAAGGAUAUUUCUGACAAAAAAUUACUUAUAAUCACAAUUUUAAUAUAACAGAAACAAUAUUUUCUUUUUUUCAAAAACUAAUGAUUUUCUUGUGUUAAAUUUUUAUUACUAACCUAUUUAUUUAAAGUGUAACAUCAAAUUUUGGUCAAAAUAAGAAAAGUAAGCAAUAUUUUUUACAAACAGUUCUGAAUGCAUGCUUUGUCUGUUCCAGAGUUAUUGCUCAAAUAAUUUGUAUUUUUGUAUUUUGAUCAUCCAUUUUCAGUUUAUUUCAUUUAAAUAUCAUUUUAUAGGUUCAUUUUACAAUUACUUAUAUCUCUAAUAUAGAUAUAUCUUUCAUCUUAUCUUAAUGGUGCCAGUCAACUUGUUCUCCUACAAUAUUUCUGGAGUUAAGUCCAUUUUGUCUAAAUUGAUAUCAAAAUCCUACGUCUAUGAAAUAAAGUGCGAGGAGGAGUGAGAUAACUGUUUUAACUCUUACCCUGCUAAAUAUUUUAAAUGGAGUUGUCCAUCUUUCAAUCUUUACAUAACCAUUCCUUAUAGUUUAGGAAAAUUACAAAAUAAGUACAUUGUACAUGUUAGCAAACAGUAAUGAUUAAUAUUUCGUAUGAGAUUAGGAAACCCUUGUUAGCUUUAGUAUUUAGGCAGAUGUUAUAAUUAUGAAUGUACAUGUACUAGAAUAAUAGUCCUUAGCCAUAAAUGUUAAAUAUUAUUAAAAGUAAAUAGAGAUUUAUCAAAUUAAAAAGCCCAUCCCAACCCAACCCAAUUCCCAUUCACCCACCUCCUACAUUAUCCAUGGCCUUGUCAUUUUUCACUGUGAUCUUCUAUCU